AUGGUGGCUUACUCUUCGCGUUCCCCCUCCUUCCAGAAGCCAUAUACCUAUCCUGAGCCUCCACGAAAAAUGGCGCGCUUCAGAGCCAGCAAUAUUCUGGGCGACCCUUUUGCGCUCGCGACCACGUCCAUCUCGAUUUUGGCUUGGCUGAUCGCAUUCAUCUCGUCCAUCGUCACUGGCGUACAUGGCGGAUAUCCCACCUAUUCGUGGUGGGCUGUUGCUUACUCCUUUUGCUGCAUUGCUGGUAUGGCGCUUGUCUUCGGCACCGAUACUGGUACCGUCUACAACAUAGCGAUCGUGGGGUAUCUUUCCGCUGGUCUUGUUAUUACAACAAUCUCCAUCAACUCGUUAGUCUAUGCGAACAGCGCCGCAUCGCAAGCUGCCGGUGCUGGGUUCAUUCUUUUGGCUAUGGUUAUUAUCAUUUGGAUAUUCUACUUCGGAUCUAGCCCUCAGGCUUCGCAUCGCGGCUUCAUCGAUUCGUUCGCCCUUCAGAAGGAAGGUGCUGGCUCGUAUGGAAAUGGCAGGCCUAUGUCAACCGCCUUCGGCAAUAGACCCGAGACGACAUCCAGCCAGCCCCCGCAGAUGUACACGUCCGCUCAACUCAAUGGCUUCGAGACUUCUUCCCCCGUGUCGGGCUACCCCGGUGGAGCCCCUGGCUCCGAACACCGCAGCUCCUCGCAGCCCCGCUUCGGCAACCCGUCCGCCACGAACCUGCCUAACAAUGGCACACCAGAUGAGGUUCCCCAGCCAACGGAAUAUCCGUACCGUGCGAAGGCCAUCUAUUCGUAUGAGGCCAACCCCGAAGACGCCAAUGAGAUCAGUUUCACCAAGCAUGAGAUUUUGGAGGUGUCCGAUGUGAGCGGUAGAUGGUGGCAGGCCAGGAAGGCCACCGGAGAGACCGGUAUUGCUCCAUCCAACUACCUGAUCUUGCUGUGA